AUGAUGAUGAAUGAAUUGAAAGAAUUAGACGAAGAAAGGUUGCUUGCGUUAGAAGUCUUAAGGAGGCAGAAGGAGAGAGUAGCAAGGGCAUAUAACAAAAGGGUCAAAGGUAAAACUUUUGUUGUAAACGAUUUAGUACCUAUGGGUAAAAAGAAUAAGGCUUUAGGAAAAUGGUCUCCACAUUGGGAAGGACCUUUUCGAAUUCUGAAAGCAUUUUCAAAUAAUGCUUAUGAGGUAGAAGAAUUAGCAGAGGAUCGAAGGAUCCUAAAAGUAAAUGGGAAAUAUUUAAAAAAGUAUAAGCCGUUUAUGCACGAGGUUAAGAUCGCAACAACGUAG